AUGCCAGAGGUGCAGGCUGUUGUAAUAGGUAGCGUGCCUUUGGCGUGUGUAGCCCUGUACUUCGUAGGUCGUCUAAUUUGGCAGGAGAUUUCACACAGAUCAGUAAAACCAGCCCUUGCCGCGGCCCAUCUACUGACGGGCGCCGGCAGCAUUUGGAAUCAUCCGGUCUUCAUUGCACUUGCUUGUUCCAGGAUCUACGCCCCUAACCUCCUCAUGGAGACUCUCUACAACGGGGCCUUGCAGACGAUUUGUCUAUUUUUUGUCCGCCUAGCAAGCGUCCUGCUCUGUCUUGCCCUGUGGAACCACCUCUACACAACAGGGCACUCAAACGUCAACUCUUACGUUAAGUGCCGAUAUCGCAGCGCCUGGAUCAAUUUCCUCUAUAACGCCAAUACCCUCUUUGGUUUCUCCUACCUGAUCACUUUGGAGUCUGGCCCGACUGCCUACGCAUUUGUGGACUUUCAAGUUGCAGACAGGCUGAUGCCAUUUCUCAUCAUCUUCUGGCUGCUGUUGACUAGCCUCGGCGGCUUUGAGAUCACAAUGUUGGCUCUCACUGUCAUCUGGCUUAUCGAAAUUUUGGGGCACGUUGCCGCCGCACUUAAGCUUCCGAAAUUCCAACUUAUGGAGCCAGCGGUGGAUACUUUCAAGGUCAACGCCUGUCUCAGUAACCUUGGCCUGCCCUCAUUUGUGAUUAUUUUCUUCCAAAUGAUGACAGUGUUGCCAUUCUAUCGGCUCUACAGAGCAGCCGGAACAAGAGCCAGAGGCAACUUUGCUAUAGCCCUCAGCAUCAUCACCAGAGCAGUCCACUCUAUCGGCAGUGCCAACUUCCGCGGCAACCUCUUCUACUUACCUCUGCUACCCACGAUCCUCACGGUGACGGUGGGGACGUUUUUGGUGCUGGGUCUGAUGCAGAAGAUACUCAAGGAUACUGUGGUAGUGCCAAUGACUGUUAUCCAGCUGCUGGUGUCAAAUAAGGAGGAUUUUGUAGCCCAUAGAGAGAUUUGGUCGAAGGAUUUUGAGAAUAUGAGCAAUAGCUGGAUGUGUGGAGUGACCUGGUUUCCCACUAUGCUGGCCCUCUUCUUCGCUCUCGUUAUGAUGAUACUCGCCAUAAUGCUGCAGGUGCCAACAACCGGGCACUUGGAGGAGUUCGCUGGAGAAGGAAAGGCAAAAGAUGACGAGGAGACGGAGGGAGACGACGAGGGCAUGGAAGUUAAUGUUGAUCGGAGUGUCGCUGGAAGUGUCGGCGACUUCCUCAAGGAUGCUUAA